ACAAUCUAAUUAAUCUUGUUUUAUUCCAUAAACAAAAUGUGUAUCACCUAAUUCUCUGGACCUUUCAUAAUUCAUAUAUACAUAACAAACAGUCUUUUCAUUAUUUUCAUUUAUUUCUCUGUUCAAUCUCACAGGCGCUACACCAUAACGCGAUAUUACUAAUGACGAACUACGGUGCGAUUCCGACGUCGUCUCAUGCAUCUCCGGUGGUGGAUCUUGAGUCUCUCUCACGCGCCAAGCACCGUAUCAAAGCCGGACUAGCCACGCGCCGUCCUUGGAGAGUGAUGUUCGAUUUUCACUCCAUGGGACUACCUCACAGCGUCUCCGAUGCUUUCACAAGAAUCAAGACCAAUCUUGCUUACUUCCGUAUGAACUACGCAAUCGUUGUCUUGAUCGUUAUCUUCUUCAGCUUGAUCUGGCAUCCGACAUCGCUCAUCGUUUUCACCGUCUUGGUCGCUGUUUGGAUCUUUCUUUAUUUUCUCCGUGAUGAGCCUAUCAAGCUGUUCCGAUAUCAGAUCGAUGAUCGGACGGUCUUAAUUGUUUUAUCGGUGUUAACCGUCGUUCUACUUUUGUUGACCAACGCGACGUUUAAUAUUGUUGGAGCGCUUGUGACCGGAGCUGUGUUGGUUUUGAUCCAUGCGGUGGUUAGGAAGACAGAGGAUCUUUUCUUGGAUGAAGAAGCGGCGACGACUGAGACUUCUGGGCUGACGUCAUACCCGUCGACUUAAAUGGAUUGAUCUCGAACUUUGUUUUUUUUUUUUUUUUUUGUAUAUUAUCUUUGUUUUUUUUAAUAAUCAUUUUUAUGUGUAAUCAAUUUUUAUUGGUGUGAGUUUGGUUUGAGACUCAUUCUCUCUUUUGUUUUUGAGCUUUGAGUUACUGUCUGAAGUUUGAACAAUUCUAAAUUGUUACAAUUUUUAUUA